GCACAUUCUCUCACUCGAGAUUCGCCGCUUCUUCACUCAAAGCUUUUGAAUUUGCUAGUCGAUUGAUUCUCCAAUGACGAACCAUCAUGGACUCGCGCACCUUUUGGCAUUGUUUGUCCUCGCUCUGUCUUUGACGAUUGGUGAGAACCCAGUCAGAGCCCGCCAACUUUUGGAGGCGACCUUGCCCGAAGUGCCCGAACUACCGAAGCCUGAAUUGCCUCACCUUCCUGACAUCCCUAGCUUGCCAAAGCCAGAAUUCCCAUCAUUGCCGAAAGUCGAAUUGCCACCGCUUCCUGAACUACCAAAGCCUGAAUUUCCAGCAACACCGAAGCCAGAGUCGUUAGAAGUGCCGGAAUUGCCGAAGCCUGAAUUGCCUCAACUUCCUGACAUCCCUAGCUUGCCAAAGACAGAAUUCCCAUCACUGCCGAAAGUCGAAUUGCCUCCGCUUCCUGAGCUACCAAAGCCCGAAAUUCCAACAAUACCAAAGCCGGAAUUGCCGGUAGUGCCCGAAGUGCCUCAUCUUCCUAAUUUUCCCAAGCCAACAUUGCCUUUCGUUCCCACGAUUCCCAAGGACACAGCCGUCGCUGCUACUAGCCCUUGAGCCAUUAAUGUGAAUUUGGAGUCGUUAUACAACAUGAUGCGAUUUAGUAUUUUAUUA